UAUCAUAUCGUCUUGUCAAGCCGAGAAGAGAAGAUUUCAAAGUGGGAUGCGAAGUAAUAUUCCGACAUGUAUACUAUUUCUUGUUGCCACUGCACUUACACAGUCAUUAAUUGUCACUGGAAAACAGUUGGAUUACGAUGCUUCCGUUCCGGUCAAUGACGUUGGAUUCCAUGUGGAUCGUGCAAAGAGCCAUGGCCUUGAGAGCACAAUUCAUGGAAGGAAAGUUGGAGAUGCCUCGAUUCCGAUCAAGUCUCGUGUGGAUCGUGCUAGUAAUGAUCUCAGGGAUUUCACUGCUUGCUCGGUGGUUCUUUAUGAUGCUAAGUUCACAAAUAAGGAUAUCAAUGAAUAUAUCAAAUUGUGGAAGAACAAGGAGUUCCACAGAAUCUUCUACAUCUCAAUCAAUGUUCCACAAGGAAAGGAGUUCAAGUUGGAGGAGGUUAUCGCUGGAAUUGAGGGAUUCGAAGAAAUUGAAAACGAUUCAACCAAGAUGACCAGAGACGAUGGAAAGGUUGCAAACGUCAGCGUCUUGGAGGUCGGACAACAAAUCAGAAUUGUUAUUGAUUAAUCGUUUGAAUUUUUGUUUUUUUUUUUGUUUUUCCGCCACGAAAUAAAUUGCAUUCUUAUCAA